AAGAGAGAGCCCCACAAAUACAAUGGAUUCCUCACUUGUGAUGACAAAGCCUAAAAGCAAAGGGUGGAAAGAAAGCUACAAAGAUAAUGAAUGGUAGCUAGUGAGAUAAAGAAAGAGAAUUAAUUAUUUAUGAACAAAAAAGAGAAGACAUAGUUGGCAUUUGGCAUCCUUCUUCCUUUUAAACCCUCACCAUUCUUAUCAUAGAGAUAACCAAAGCUUGAAUUUUUCAUUCUAAGAGAUCAAGAGAGAUGAGAGGGAGAGUUGGAGGAGCACAUGGAGGAGCUCCAACUGAUCUUUUAGUGUGUUUUCCAUCAAAGGCACACUUAGGAUUGAUACCAAAGCCCAUUUGUAGUCCUUCCAGGCCCGGUGAACCCGGUAAGAGAAACGGUGGUAAAGCCGGUGGUGGCCGGGGCCAGGCAAGCCCACUUUUCAAGAACAAGAGCAAGAAUUUGAGCAAUGAGAUUGCCGAUGAACCGACAUCGCCGAAGGUGACCUGUGCCGGACAAAUCAAAGUGAGGCCUAAGCCCAGGCCCAGGCCCAAUAGUAAUAGCAAGGAUUGGCUGUCAGUAGUUGAAGAGAUUGAGAGGUUUCAUAAGGAGAAGAAGAAACCACACUGGUUAGAAGGUUUAGGUAUCAAGAAAGACAUCAUGCAGUUCAUGGGAGCUCUUCGGGGACUUCGGUUUGAUAUGCGGUGUUUCGGUUCUUUCCAUGGAGCUGUAGACUGCUCUUCAGAAGAUGAAGAAGAAGAUGAUGAAGAUGAAGAUGAAGAUGAAGAAGAUGGUGAUGAUGAUGAUGAUGAUCAAGAUGAUGAAGAUAAAAGUAAUAGUAGCAAUUCAAGAACUAUUUUUUCAAAAUGGUUCAUGGUUUUAGAAGAGAGCCAAAGCAAUAAUGCAUGCAAGAAAGAAGAAGAAGAAGAAGAAGAAGUGGAAGAGGAGAAGGAUGUAGCUACAACUUCUUCUUCUUCAUCUUCAGUGCCACCUCCAAAUGCUUUGUUACUGAUGAGAUGUAGGUCAGCUCCAGCAAAAGGAUGGAUUGAAGGAGAUGAAGGAGAGAAGAGAUUGGAAGAAGAGAUAAGUGCAAGGACAUUAAGAGAAGAAGAGAAGGAGAAAGAGAGGUUGAUACUGAUGAGUUAUGCACCAGAUUUCUUCAAAGUGUCAACUGAUAUUGCUAAGGAGACUUGGGUUGUGAGUGGCAUGGAUCCAUUGGCAAGGAGCAGGAGUUGGAGAAAAUGAUCAUCAAAAUAUAUAGUUAGUACUGUGUUUUUUGAGAAUAAGUUUCAAGGUGGUGGUGAUGAUGAUCAUGGUGAUGAAUAGUUAGUUUCUUCUUCUUCUUCUUCUUCUUCUUCUUUGCUUCUGUUUUAAAUAGUACUUGUGCUUUUUUGUGGUUUCUUUUUCUUUGGUUUUGAUGUUGUUGUUGUUCAUGUGGUUGUUGUAUCUGUUUCAUUCUGUGUUAAAGAUCAAAGUGUAGAGAAAAAGAGAUGAGAUUGAUUUGA